UUGGAGUCUGGAUUUACGCCAUAAACCUUUAUAUUUACAAUUCAGUCGUUCUGGAAUGCUAGGAUUUUAAUCUUCGACUGUGAUUUUUUAAAAAAAGGCUGACAUGGAUGGAUCUCGAAGAUGGACCUGGCGGUCGCCCGAUCGUGUGCUUUUAAAAAGUAUUCACAGAACUUUGAGCCAGCUCCAAAAAACUAUAUCUGGAAUUGCAAUAGAUAUUCAGAUAUUUUACAUAAGUCGGAUAAAUAUUCUGAGAGGAAUGAGAAGAGGUGUUUUUAGAGUGAAAGAUGAGGGAUUAUUUGAACGGACCGCCAUAGAGAGGUAUAUGAGGACUAAUUAUUUCAAUGGCAUGCACCGAUAUAAAGAACUGAAUGGAGCACUGAGAGUACGUUACUGAGACGGUAUAAAGAUUUAUGGUGUAACCAAUAAGCGAUUAAACCCUCUGUUUCGAAUCUGGAUUGUGUAAGUUUCACUCAUAUGAGCAAGGUGGGAACCAGAGCUGGGGCCUAUCCAUGGAACGUCACUAAUCUUUCUAACCUGUUUUCCCGGCAUAUAC